AUGACCCAUUUUCCUCCAAAAUAUUAUAACUCUGAUAUUAAGGGCCUUUCAGGCAAAGGUGUGGGGAAAGGAGUAGCAGCAGUUCUUUCCAGUGUGUGUAUGUAUGAGCAGACAAACGGACAACGCCAGUGCCAGCCCCAGCAGAGCAGAGCAGCAAUCCCAGGGAAGUCUCUCCCCGCUCUCCAAGCCCUCUCCCCGCCGGUGCCAGCCCCAGCAGAGCAGAGCAGCAAUCCCAGGGAAGUCUCUCCCCGCUCUCCAAGCCCUCUCCCCGCCGGUGCCAGCCCCGGCAGAGCAGAGCAGCAAUCCCAGGGAAGUCUCUCCCCGCUCUCCAAGCCCUCUCCCCGCCGGUGCCAGCCCCAGCAGAGCAGAGCAGCAAUCCCAGGGAAGUCUCUCCCCGCUCUCCAAGCCCUCUCCCCGCCGGUGCGGUUACGGCCGCAGCCGGCAGGGGGCGCUGCUGGCUCCCGGCGGGCAGGGCAGGGCGGUUGUUCCCCCGCGCCGGCAGGGGGCGCUGUGGCGCGGGGCCGCCCGCGGCUCCCUCACGCGGUCAUGGCGGACGGGCUGGCAGAAAUGGGCCCGAGCAGGAGCCUCGGAGCAGCGCCUGAAAUGUCAGGGCGGGUUCACCCGGGGCAGCAAGAGGCAGCAGAAACUGCAGCUGUAGCUGGAACCGCGCCGUGCCACCGCAGGCAGGGGGUGCGGAGCUACAGUGUGGCAGCAACGCGGAGCUGUGGCAGAGGAACGGCGGGGUUGGGCAGUGGCAGCCUGGCUCCCGAACACAGCUGGGAGAGGUUCCCUUGGAGAGCAGAGGGUCUCGGGGUCCCGGGGUUUUCCUGA